CUUACACAACUGGUUUCAUAAACUCAGCUGUGUAAGAAGUUGUGUUUUAAGAAAGAGAGACACUUCUGUAACGCACGAGAGAGGUCCUGGAAAUCCGCUGAGAAUCGCAUCGGAGGAAACCGGACGUCUUUUUUUUUCCAUGUGACCAUGUCUGUGUGGAUGAUAGCAGUAGCUCUCUGUCAUGUGGGUCAGUGCUUGGCUCAGCGCUCGGAGCCCAUGUUUGUAUCUGUCACUCAGAGUGUGCUGCCACCUGACUAUGAGAACAACCCCACUCAGCUGAAUUAUGGCGUAGCUGUCACAGACGUGGAUGGGGAUGGAGACCUGGAAAUAUUUGUGGCUGGGUACAAUGGCCCAAACCUGGUGCUGAAGUACGAUAAAGCAAAGAAGCGAUUAGUGAACAUUGCUGUAGACAACCGCAGUUCGCCGUACUAUGCACUCAGAGACCGACAGGGGAAUGCAAUUGGAGUCACAGCAUGUGACAUAGAUGGUGAUGGGAGGGAAGAGAUCUAUGUUCUCAACUCCAAUAAUGCUUUCUCUGGUCGAGCCACGUACACUGAUAAGCUCUUCAAGUUUCGUAAUGGACGUUUUGAGGAUCUUCUAAAUGAUGAGAUAAACGAACAGCGAGAUGUGGCGAAUCGAAUGGCAGGUCGUUCUGUAGCUUGUGUGGAUAGAAAGGGAACAGGGCGUUAUGCAAUCUACAUUGCCAACUAUGCCAGUGGGAAUGUGGGGCCACAUGCUCUGAUUGAAAUGGAUGAAAGUGCCAGCGACCUGUCCAUGGGGAUUAUUGCACUGUCUAACGUGGCAGAACAAGCCGGAGUCAACAAGUUUACAGGAGGACGUGGGGUCGUGGUGGGGCCCAUACUCAGCCAGACCCUUCCUGAUAUAUUCUGUGCCAACGAGUACAGCCCCAACUUUCUUUUCCACAACAAUGGAGACGGGACGUUUACAGAUGUGGCCGCGCAGGCAGGAGUUGAGGACCCAAUGCAGCAUGGUCGUGGAGUAGCUCUAGCAGAUUUUAAUCGGGAUGGGAGGACAGAUAUUGUGUAUGGCAACUGGAAUGGGCCACAUCGUCUGUACCUGCAAUUAAACAAUAACCGCAAACAAAGAUUCAAGGACAUUGCUUCACAGAAGUUUGCCAUGCCGUCUCCUGUGCGCACGGUCAUCGUUGCAGACUUUGACAGUGACAAUGAGUUGGAGGUCUUUUUCAACAACAUUGCAUAUAGAGGAUCAUCAGCCAACAGACUGUUUAGGGUGUCUCGAAGAGGAAAUUCAGACCCAUAUAUAGAGGAGCUGAACAUUGGGGAGGCAGCUGAGCCAGAAGGGAGGGGAACAGGAGCUGCUGUGACUGAUUUUGAUGGAGAUGGACAGUUAGAUCUGCUGGUAACGCAUGGCGAGAGUGCAGCUCAGCCUAUCACGGUGUACCGAGUGAACCAAGGAUCAUCUAACAGAUGGCUCCGUGUGAUUCCACGCACUCAGUUCGGGGCUUUUGCUCGGGGGGCCAAAGUGGUGGUCUACACUAAAAGAAAUGGCGUUCACACACGCAUCAUCGAUGGAGGCUCUGGAUACCUGUGUGAAAUGGAACCUGUAGCUCACUUUGGCCUUGGGAAAGACGUGGCCACCAAUGUGGAGGUGUACUGGCCAGAUGGACGCUCUGUAGCCAGACCAUUGGAGCUCAGUGACCUGAACACAGUUAUGGAGAUCAACUAUCCAACAUCUAAGGAGGAGGAAGUGACCCCAGCAGUCGAGAUUGAGUGUGGACAUGGAUUUUUUGUUAAUGAAAAUGGCCGAUGCACUGAUCAGGAUGAGUGUACACAGUUUCCCUCUGCGUGUCCCCCUGAGCGUCCUGUCUGUACCAAUACAUAUGGGAGCUUCAAGUGCCGCUCAAAGAAGAAGUGUAACCAGGGACACGAGUCUAAUGAUGAGGGAUCAGCCUGUGUGGGUGAGUAGGAAACUGCUGACUAGGGAUUAAUAAAAGAAGGAACUGUCAUGAGGCCUUCCAACUGUCACGCUGCUUUAAGCGUUCAUGGACUGCAUCAGUUUUAAACCCAAGUCUGUGUUUAUGGCCAAAUAUGACUGCCUACAGCUUUCCCAUGAUCCUCUUUUCUAUUGUUGCUUUAUAGCUUCCAAUUUGUUUUCCUUUCCUUUCACUCUGUGCUGUCUCACAUUUUCAGAUAUUCACAAAAUGUCCUUAUAUUAAAGUCAGUAAAAUAAAUGUGGAUGAGUUCUCUCUGUGCUUUCUGCCUGCAGCUCAAGUAGCAUACUUUGAGGAAAACAGAUCUUCUGCUUUCAAACAGUGGCCUUCUCACUUCUGGUUACUGUCUCUAACUCUGCUCACGCUGCUCUCUGUCUAACCUGCUGAUGGAUCCUUUCUUCCUUGUCAUCAUCACUCCUCCUCUGCUGUUCAUUCUCUCUCCUGUGUAUUGGGAGUCGACUGUAAACUGAACUCUCUUUGGACUCCCAACUCUCAUCAUGACCCCUGCUGUGUCUCAUUUUCUGCUCUAAUACUUGUAGAAUAGACAUUGUGCAUGCCCACAGGAACUUACAGGCAUUUUAAAGAAGAAAAGAUUUUGAAAAGAGUUUCAAGAAAAAAAGAAAAAAGAUUCGACACAGCAAGCUGUGGAGAAGUAAGAAAGGCAUCACAUGGCUGCUGAAGUGGUGAAGUCUCACCAAAUUAUUUGCUGUACAGUUUCAUCUAAAGGCCUGGAUAUGAUUUUAUCUUAGUGUGAAUAUAAAUUGGUAAUAUAAAAAUAUAUUCAAGGUCACAGGUUGUUCCUUGGAUAUGGGUUGUAGAUUAUUUGCAGUUUAAUAUUUAAUAAAAAUGGAUCAACAACCAAAUUGCUGGUGUUGAUUCUAUGAAAUCUACAUCAAGUAUGUGAUUUGCCUUUGCAAGGUAUUUUAAUUAUUGACAUAUUUGCAAAUAUUAUUUUUAUUUUAUUUUUAAAAUAUGUAUUUCUUAUAUUUUUAUUGUUAUUUUUAUUUAAUAACAAAAUGAAAUAAAGUCUCCCCAAAUGA